AUGUCGAGAGUGGCAAAAUGGAAGCUAGAGAAAGCCAAAGUCAAAGUAGUCUUUCGGUUGCAGUUUCAAGCUACACAUGUACCACAAGCGGGAUGGGACAAACUAUUCAUAUCUUUCAUUCCGGCUGACUCUGUAAAAGCCACUGCAAAGACAACAAAGGCGCUUGUGAGAAAUGGGACUUGCAAGUGGGGAGAUCCUAUCUAUGAAACCACAAGGUUGCUUCAGGACACAAGGACCAAGCAGUAUGAUGAAAAACUCUAUAAGAUUGUUGUCGCUAUGGGUACUUCUAGAUCUAGUAUCCUUGGAGAGGCAAUGAUCAACCUUGCUGAGUAUGCUGAUGCCUUGAAGCCUUUUGCUGUAGUAUUGCCCUUGCAAGGUUGUGAUUCAGGAGCUAUCUUACAUGUCACUGUACAGCUGCUAACUUCGAAAACUGGUUUCAGAGAGUUUGAGCAGCAGAGAGAACUCAGGGAUAGGGGACCAUCAGCGACCCCUGAACAUAGCAGUCCUGACGAAUCUUCUCGUUCCAGAACUUCACCUUCUGAUGAGAGUCUUAGUCAUGUUGAUAAGACACAUAUAAAAGGGAGUUUCAAAGAGAAGUUCCGAGAUGAUCCUUCAGCGGAAGAAGCCGUGGGGCCAAAUGACCAUGAUUCACCCUUGGGAUUCGAUGUCUCUUCAAACACAUCAGAAAGCCUAAACGCAGAGAAGCAUGAGAUAUCCAGCACAAAUGAAAUCGACAGCCUCAAAAGUAUGGUAUCUGGAGACCUGAGUGGGCUUGCUCAACAUGGCUGGGGUUCAGACUAUCUUGGCAAGACUAGCGAUAUGGGAAAUGCAGUAGAAGAAAACAUUAAGCUUAAAGGAUUCGUGGAAGACAUGGAAUCAUCCAUUAAUGAGAUCAAGAUCGAAGUGAGCUCGCUGCAGUGCCAUGCAGAUGAUAUAGGCUCCAAAGCUCAAGAUUUUUCUCAGAUACUUAUUUCAGAGAUUGGCUCUGGGGAUCAGUUGGUCAGAGAAGUAUCUGCGUUGAAAUCAGAGUGCUCAAAGCUAAAAGAAGAGAUGGAGCGGCUGCGUAACGUCAAAACACACGCUCUCUAUAAUAGCAAAGACCAAGACAAUGCUUCCCACAAUCUACAAGUAAGAUGGCUGCAGGGACUUUCAGUUGUAGAGGAUAACAUAAGAGAGAUUCAAAACAAAGUUUGCUAUGGCUUCCAUGACAGGGACUUAAGAGUGUUCCUCACAGACUUUGAGUCUCUUCUCGGAGUGCUACUUGAUUUUAAAAGGCAGAUUGGCACAGUACCAUCUGAGAAAACCAUCACGGCUGAUAAGAAAGAGAGAGGCGUGUCAAGAGCAGAUCAGUUUGUAUCAGGCUCUGAGCUGGACACUGAUAUUUUUCAACCAGAACUUGAUCCACUUCAGUAUCUUGGUAUGGCUGAUCUUACUUCUCGUGCACCAAACUCAGCAGAUUCUGCAAAUGCCAUGAGAGAUAAAAUACUCGAGCUUGUACGAGGCCUGGACGAGUCUAAAGCUGAACGUGACAGCCUUACCAAGAAAAUGGAUCAGAUGGAAUGCUACUACGAGUCUCUUGUCCAGGAGCUUGAGGAAACUCAAAGGCAGUUGCUAGUAGAGUUGCAGAGUCUAAGGACUGAACAUUCCACGUGCAUCUAUAGUCUCUCUGGCGCUAAGGCUGAGAUGGAAACGUUGCGCCAAGGUAUGAAUGAGCAAACGCUAAGAUUCUCUGAGGAGAAGAAGACUUUGGAUUCUUUGAAUCAAGAACUGGAUAAACGAGCUAUGGCUGCAGAGGCGGCACUUAAAAGGGCCCGUUUGAAUUAUUCUAUUGCCGUCAACCAUUUGCAGAAGGAUCUUGAGUUGCUUUCCUCUCAGGUUGUAUCUAUGUUUGAGACUAAUGAAAACCUCAUUAAGCAAGCUUUUCCAGACCCUCAACAAAGCUUUGAGUCGGCAGAUGACUCAAAGCCUGAGAAACAGGAGACUCGUGAUGUAAAAGUCACACAGUUUCAGAAUGAGAAAAAAGGGAUGAAGGAACGCUCCUUAAAGGGUGAUAUUCUUCUAGAAAAUUUGAAGAGGUCUCUUCAUGUGCAAGAAGGCCUUUAUCAAAAAGUUGAAGAAGAGCUCUAUGAGAUGCAUUCAAGGAACUUAUAUCUGGAAGUAUUCUCGAACAUUCUGCGGGAAACUUUUCUUGAAGCAAGUGUUGACAUAAAGAUCAUGAAAGCGAAAAUUGAUGAACUUGGAUGGCAGCUGGAGCUUUCAACAGAGGCCAAGGAAAUGUUGAAGCAGAAGCUGGAUAUUACUUUGGACAAUGUAUGCUCACUGAAUGAGGAGAAAACCACAUGGAAUGCUGUAGCUUUGCAGAAUCAAAGUUUAGAGGCAAAUUUGCGGAACAUCACUUACGAAAACCUCAUCCUUCUGCAAAAGAUUGAUGAACUGGAAUCUGUAGAGUUGGAGUCCAAGAAUUGGAAAACCAGUUAUGAGAGAUGCAUUUGUGAGAAAGAAGAGCUCAUGGAGAAAGAAGCGCUGGAAAAAGUUCAUCUUCAGACUGAUUUUGCUACCAUGCAGGCUGAGUUUGAUGCUCUAGCUACUGCAAAUGGAAAUCUGCAGAGGAACUUCAGUAGUAUGAAAGAUAAGUUGAUGAACACAUUAGGCUGCUGUAAUGAAAAGCUCAUUUCGUUUCCUCUGUGGGAAGGAGGAGUGGAUCUUGAUUUGGAGUCCGGUGAUUUAACAGAGGAGCUUGAUAAAUUCCUGUGUAAGAUAUGUGAAAAAAGUUUUGUGCUGAUGACAGAGAAUCAAGAUCUGUUGCAGGAGAAAUCCAAUAACGAGAUUUAUUUAAGGGCUGUAGAGUCUGACAUAAUGGAGCUCAAGCAGAAGCAUGAGAAUGAUGUACAAUGUUUGGCCUCUAAAGUAGAAGCUUCCACUGCCCUCCUCCAGAAACUUCAGUUGGAAACUGAGUCUAUCAUUGACAGAACGAAGGUUAUCACUGAAGCUGAACAAAACUAUGAGAGCUGUCAGAUGGAGUUUGUUUCUCGUCUUGAUUAUUUUGAGAAUGAGAUUCAUCUACUUGUGGCUAAGAAUGAGGCGCUUGGUCAAGAAAUUUCAGAAUUAAGCUCUGUAGCUGUUGAACAUGAAAGAACCAAGCUCCUUGUGGAAGAUCUGGCUGAGGAGAAAAAAGGUUUUCUGGUUUCUCUUCUGGAUAAAUCUCAGGAAAUUUUGGGGCUUGUGCGUGAGCUUGAGACUUUAAGGACAACAUUUGACCAAGAGUUGAGACUUGAAAGAAGCUCAAGGCAGGAACUAGAAACUAAAAUGGAAGGUCUUACUUCUGAGUUGGUUGCAAAAAGUUCCAAAUUGUUAAGCUUUGAUGAGCAAAGCUCUGAGUUGGUUCGUCUCAAGCAAAUGGUUUCUGAUCUGGAGCUGGAGAAAGCAACUAGCGUGAAUCGUGAUUCGUCAUAUAUUUCGGAUUUGGAAUCUCAGUUACUUGCAAUGAUGGAAUUUUCAGUAGCAGCAGAUAUCCAGAUUGUAUACACAAGAAGUGAGUGGGAGACUUAUGCCGAGGAGCACCACAAGGAGCAUUUUGAGGUACUGACUACACUCAAUGGCUCUCGUAAUAUUGAAGCUCAGUAUAUGGAUGAUAAUCUAAAGCUAUUGACAGAUCUCGACUCCGUAAAAUCAGAAUUGAAAGCUGAGAGAAGUUUGAGAGACAAAUUAGACACCAGAAUUGAAGAGCUCGCUUCUGAGUUAGAUGAAAAGCAUUUGCUGUUGGAGAACUUUGAUUUGCAGAAAUCUAAAGUGAAACUUUUGGAGAAGAUGGUAGCUGAGCUGGAAUCUGAAAAGUCUUUUCAAAGUUCGGAGUAUGGUAGGACUGUUCAUCGAGAGUCUUCUUUAAUUGAAGAACUGCUUCAAUGUCUAGUGGUUGCAGAUGUUCAGCUUAUUUUUACAAAAAUCCAGUCUGAGACCUGUAUCAGUGACCUCGGAGAGCAACUUAGCUCCUGCUCUAAGAGCUAUCUUGAGUUUCAAAAGAAGCACACUGAUGUGGAAUCUGCCCUCAACCACUGUUUAGUCAACGAAGCGCGGUAUAUGGAAGAAAACAAUCAGCUCUUGAGUAGUCUUGAAGUCUUGAAGUCUGAGCUAGAGUCUUGCAUGGCUAAAAGUAAAGCUCUUACUGAUAGAAAUGAUGAAAUGUCAGUCGAGUUGGAGAAUGCAGAAAGAAGUUUCUCUGAGAGAAGCUUAUGUGCUCAUGAGGUUGAUGAAUUGAAAUCUUUAUUGGUUGAGCAUGAAGAAGAAAUCGGAAAUUUGAUGGUGUUAAAGGCUGAGGCGGAAGUUACAGUCGAGGUACUAAAAGAUAAACUAACUGAGGUAAGUUUAAAAGGUGCCAGUGAGCUAGAAACACUGAAAAAUAGGUGUGUUGAUCUCACUCAAAAGCUCUCUGAGCAGAUUCUAAAAACAGAAGAGUUCAAAAGCUUGUCCAUCCAUUUGAAAGAGCUUAAGGAUAACGCUGAAGCUGAAUGCACUCUUGCCCGUGAAAAGGCGGAGUAUCGAGCCCCGCUAACUCCACAGCAGGAGUCGUUGAGAAUCAUUUUCAUCAAAGAACAGUAUGAAAACAAGCUGCAGGAACUUCAACAUCAACUGACCAUGUCCAAGAAGCACGGCGAGGAAAUUCUGAUGAAAUUGCAAGAUUCCAUUGAUGAGAAUGAAGCUAGGAAGAAGGCGGAAUCCAAGAGAAGUAAAGAGCUUGGAGAUAAAAUAUCGGAACUGGAGGCUGAUCUGCAAUCUCUUAUCUAUGAUAAACGUGAGAGAACGACGGCUUAUGACAUGAUGAAGGCUGAGCUGGACUGUUCAUUGUUAAGCCUUGAGUGCUGCAAGGAAGAAAAACAGAGGAUUGAAACUACUCUACAGGAAUGCAAAGAGGAGAGGCUGAAAAUGUCCAAAGAGCUAGAAUCUAUGAGAGAAUUAGUACAACGUUGCAGCUCUCAUAAAAAUAUUCAGAUGGAAGAACAACAUGAUAGAUUGAGCAUGGAGGAUGGUGUAUUAGAGGAAUUGGCUGACAAAAAUAUGUUUGCAGCUUCCACAAGUCCCAGGACAAAAAUUCAGGGUGUUGGACAAAACGGAGACCAAAUACGUACAGGAGAAGCAAUGGCGGUGGACAAAAGUGAAGAAAGCCUAGCUUUGAUAAAUGAUAGUUUCAGGGCAGAGACUUUAAGGUCUAGCUUGGAUCACUUAAACAAUGAGUUAGAACGGAUGAAGAAUGAGAAUCUACUUCAACCUCAAGAUGACAAUGAUUCAGACACAAGAUUUCCGGGUUUGGAACAAGAGCUGAUACAGUUGCGUCAGGCAAAGGAGGAACUUCAAAGUAUGUUCCCUCUAUCCCACGAAAACCUAAACUGCGGAAACGCGUUGGAAAGGGUUCUUGCACUGGAAAUAGAACUUGCUGAAGCAUUACGGGGAAAGAAGAAACCAACCAUCCAUUUUCAGAGCUCUUUCUUGAAGCAACACACCGAUGACGAAGCAAUCUUCCAGAGUUUCAGAGACAUAAACGAUCUAAUCGAAGAAAUGCUGGAGACCAAAGGCCGGUAUGCAUCUGUGGAGACAGAGCUUAAGGAAAUGCAUGACCGUUACUCUCAGCUAAGCCUCAAGUUUGCAGAGGUUGAAGGAGAGAGACAAAAGCUCAUGAUGACUUUGAAGAACGUUAGAGCAUCCAAGAACGCAAUGCUCUUAAACCGUUCGUCGUCAGCAACUCUUGGUGAACAUUAA